AUCUGUCUCUAUUUACUACCUAAAAUACUAAGAACAAGAAUUACAAAUCUUUACUAAAAUAUCAGAAUAUGUUUUGUAAAACAUAUUUAAUCCUAUACAUGACGAUUUAGUUGAUAUAUUCAAAUGAUGAGGGGUUAUGGUUUAAAGUGGUAUCUUGCCACAUUCGAAUAAACGUCAUAGCAUAGGACUUCAUAGCAUAGCUGUCCGCAGAUCAGAGUAAGUAGCUGUCUAAGUUUGGACGUAGACAUAUUAGGUAUAGCCUUUUUAGUCUGUGGUUUUAUUUAAAUUCAAUUUAUGCUGUUCUUUAUUUUUUUUUGUACACAUUAUUUAUAUUUAUUUUAUAUUUUACACUUAUUGAACAGUUAUCUAAUAAAGUGUUUAUUGUUUAUGUAUAAUUAUAAUGUAAUAGAUUAUUGAUAUAUCGUGAUAAUUAAAUAUAAUUGAUGCAUCUUAAAAGAUGUCGAAGAAAUAUACUCAACAAUGUGGACUAGAGAAAUCGUCGCAAGUUUUUGCAAAGGACGAAAAUAAUAGUAUGUCACAAAAUCAGGUUAUAAAUAAUAAAUCUCCUAGGUUAUUAACUGAAUCAAACGAAACACCACAUAAUUCUGAAAGUUCACUAGAUAUUGUUGAAUCAUUACCUUCAAUUACCAAUUGUGAUAUAAAAGUUGAAGAAUUUGAUGAUAAUGUAGUAAAUAUUGAUGAUUGCAAUGUAAAAGAUAAUAAUACUGCAAAUAAUGAAGCGGACAGUGAUGAUGAUGAAGAUAUAGAGCUUAUAGAACAAGAAAUAAUCAUUGAGAAUGAGAUGCUGAAGAGUACAUUUAAAAAUAAUGAUUCACUCCAAAAAUUAUUGGAGGAGUCUGCAAACAAUUUAUUGAAUACAAACUGUGGUGAUUCAAUUAAUGAUUCAUACACUUCACUCUACAAAGUGUUUUCGUUUUCAUCAGAUAAUAUUGUUAAUAAAUCUACACACAAUGAUAAUCACCAUAUAGAUACAUCUCUAGGUAUGACUAAUGCAAACAUUGACAGUUCAAAGCAAAAUAGUCAAAAUUCUAAUAAAAUCCCUGAUGUUAGCCAGCAUAAAAAUACUUCUAUUGCUGCUGAUGAAACUGUUCCAGCCAAAGAGAUUGACCUGUCUGUUAAAGGAUUAAAACAACUGUGCCUAGAGUUGGAUGAAAAUGAAAUGUUCAGGAAAGCUGAGAUUAUUAGAAACACAGCGUCCAAUGUAGCAGAUAGAAUAUUAGCAGUGGAACUGCUUAAUAACUGGGGGCGCGUUAAACAUGCGCCUUGCAAGCCAACAAUACAGGAGACUUUGUUGCAGGACGCUCUCGACGAGUGGAAAAACUGGAACAAACUCUCUAGACACAGGGAAAUACCAUUGACAUACAAGUGCUACGUUUGCAAGAUUGCGUAUUGGCGUUUGACUCCGUUCCGGGAGCACAUAGCUCAGCAUGUAGACAUUAAAAUUGGCUGUGAGUUUGUACUUUACGAGUCUCACAUAAAAGCGUACACCGUAGAAGAGGACACCAUCAAGAGUUUCCCCAUCGAAGGCAAUUGCUUUCAGUGUCACAAAGGAUAUGAAGCGCAUCCCUCUUUGGGGGGAGAGUUUAAACACUAUAAAUGCUCAUUUUGCAAAGAAAACUUUUUCACAUGCAUCGCAUUGAUGAUCCACGAGGAGCCAUGCAAACAUCUGAAGAAGAAGCGUCUCAUGCAUGUGUCUGAUAUAAAUUUGCACAAGUGUAAAGUAUGCCCAAUGAGUUUUUACAAUAAGGAACAAUUAAAUAAGCAUUUAAAAUUGUCCCACAUGGUAUGGUCUGAUGUACCUAUUCUGUCAGGGACCAAACUUUGCACUCUCUGCAAUCAGAGGUAUUCUGUAUUUUUAAUGCACAUAUGCAAUAAAAAAAUGGCGCCAAAAUUCAUAUGUUCGUUUUGCAAUCGAAGAUUUCCCUCGCAAAAGAUGUUGGAUUUACAUAUAGAUAUGUUGCAAAGCAAUCACCAGUGUCGGAUAUGUAAUUUGACGUUAAAGAAGAGUUGUAUGGAGGUCAUACAUUUAUUAAUACACAGCAAACGGUUCAUGAAAGUGUAUAGGUGCGCGUUGUGCAAGGAUAACAAGAUAUAUCCCAAGUUAAUAGAUAUGAAAAAACAUAAGAAAAUGCUUCAUAAAGAAAAAUUUAUUUCCCAUAAUAUUUUGUAUGAUAUUAUGUUAAUAAUAAAAAAUGUUGAAGAAAAACAGAAAUAUGUAAAAGAAGUUAAAACAGUUGUUGAGCAAAUAAGCGCAUCCGAUGAGCAGAGAUUUGCAAUCGAAAAUUUAAUGAAAGAGAUGGAAGAUCCAAGUGAUCAAAACGAAGUAAUUCAGACGCCAAAUGUGGAAAUACAAACUGUAAAUGAAAGUAUUUUUGAAACUGCUGAAAUUGACAAUAGAAACGUAAAUAUUGUUAUAGAUGAAGAACAAACACAAGAGUAUGAUAAUAAUGAAGUAAUAAUCGAUAGUGAUACCGAGAAUGAUGAUGAUUUUAAUGAAAAUGCAAUUGUAAAUAAUAAUUUUGAUAAUCACCAGACUGACAACGUUGAGGUUGAUGCUGAAGUGCGUGAUGAGAAAGAAAUAGAAGUAGCAGACGGGUGUAGUUAUGAAGAAUCGAAUCAUUAUGUAUCUAACAUGCUUCAAAAGCCUGGCUUUUUCGUCGAAAUCAAAGUGGAAAAUAACAAUGAACAUCAAGGUGUGAAUUCAAAUGAUAUAAUAGGUUUAAACAAUGAUUUAACAGAGGAUACUGUUGUGAAUGAACCUAGAAGAAAUCUUUACAAAUGCGGUAAAUGUAAACUAGAUAUGGAGCACAAAGAAUACCAAAAACAUAGGAGUUCAUGUCCUAGCAGAGAUGGAGUUAAAUUUAAACGUUUAGAGAAAACGUAUCACUGCAGCAAGUGCACGGGGAAUUAUAUAUCAUUGAAGAAAUAUAUAAUACAUUUGUCAAAAGUGCACAAUCUCGAGCGGUUGGUUUGUGUUCUAUGCGGUUUGAAAUUCGGCACGGAUCCAAAUCUGAGGAUGCACUUCGAUUUGCAUAUUAGACGAUUGUAUUUGAGAGUUAGAUGUUGCAGUAAAGAAGAUAAUGUAAACAAUACUAUAGUGCAGUGUAAGAAAUGCAGGUCCAAUGUAGCUGGGGAUAAAUUAUUUUCACAUUGGGAAUCGCAUUUUGUAAUGCCAGAUCAGUCGGUAGUUAAACCGAGCGAACCGGCUGCAUUACCAGCUCCCCUCUACGAGGGUGCUUUAAACCCGACAGAUUUGAAAAAUCUUAUUACAUAUUUACAAAUGGAUAUGACAAACCGGCAUAUGUACAAGAUGAUAAAAAGGUGCCCCUGCUGCCGCAGAUACUUCAGUCGUGCUAUUGUAAGCAAAAGACAUUUUGUGGAGCAUUUGCUAAGAGACGCGUAUGCAUCGAUCGAGAGGAACGGCGGAUUGAAAUGUCAGAUUUGCUCGGAGAUAUUCGAAGGGGAUGACAAUUACAAAGUCCAUAUGAGGGAUCACGGCUUCCUUCCCGUCUACAUGUGUGAAAUAUGUAACAAGUCUUUCAGCGAUUCAAGUAACUUCAGCAAACACAGGAAACUGCACGACCAGUCUGUGCACGUGUGCCAGCUUUGUAAAAAGAAGUUUCAACAUAAGGAGUCGCUUUUGAAGCAUAACGUCGAGGUGCAUGAGAAGUCCAAGCCCAAGGCCUGUUCAUACUGCAGCACCACAUUCUACACCGAGUCCAGUUUAAAAAAACAUGUCAGAAACAACCACGAGCGACCUCUGCCGGCGUUCCGUUGCAAGAUAUGCAAGAAGGUGUUCCCCACUACUAAAUCAAAGCUCGAACACAUGUGGGCGGCACACCGACUGCGGUGUGUCCGAACACAGAAUGCCAACUGUCCAAUAUGCCAUGAGCCCUUCAGGAAGUACCAGGACGUGAAAUAUCACCUGGAAAAUGUACACAGUAUGGAAAAAUCUACUGCGGCAUUCUUAGUAAAGAAGCAAGCGCGCAAAUACCAGGCGGCUAAAAAGAAACGCGAACUGCUCAUACAGAACUAGCCGUGGCCCGCGGCCUCGGCCGUGCUCGUCGAUCACAAAUGAGCUCUCAAAUGCUGUGACACGAUUGUAGAUCUAACAUUUAACGCCUUAGAUUGUAUAGAGCAUCGAGCCUCAAAAACGAGGCGACUUUUUGACAGCUAAUUGGCAAAUUGGCUCACUCGUUUUUUUUUACCAGUGUUCUGUAUACUUACGCACACAAUGUAUCUUGACGUAUCUAUAUUAAAUUUGUUAAUAAAUAAAAUGUGUGUUUACGCAUUAAAAAGAUGCAGAAUUUAUAAAACAAAAUAAAUAUAGAAGUUAUAAAGGAAUCACUCGUAACUAUUUAUCACGCAAAAUUGUAUGGAAAAAGUUGAGCCGUUUUUCUCGAAGCAUUUGUAUGGAGACACUCUAUCUAUAUAAUCUAAGUUUAGCGCAUUCAAACAAACCAUGCCACUAGUAUAAGUUAUUAUAGUCUAUUUAUUUAUUUAUUUAAAUAAAUAAAUAAAUAUUUAUUUUAAGGAAAAUAUAAACGGUUAAUCAACCAUAUGACAGUCUAUGUUCUAACGCAUAAGAAAUUAAUUAAUUAAAUAUGUUUUUUUUUAUACAACGUAGAAUGGCAAACAAGCUGACGGCCCACCUGAUGGAAAGUGGUAACCGCCGCCUAUAUACAUGAGCAGCAACAUGGACAUAACAGAGUAUACUGUUUCGCCCAUGAUACCGCCCAUGCAUUGCCAUUCCUGAGGACUCAGGUGUUAUUUCUCUGUACCUUAUAAAUUCAAAGUCAUUCUAAGUUGUAUAAAAUCUUUAAUUUGUACUGACAAUUUAAAUAGUAAAUUAUAUAUUGCAUUUCUAUUUUGUAAAUUUGUAAAUAUUUGUCUAAGGUCAUUAUGUGGAGUAACUGACUAUUUACUGGAUGAGUAAAAAUUUUUUUGAUAAAAAAAA